GUUCGCGGUCGUGGCGCUGCUGAUGCCGCGAGUUCGACCAGUACCAACCUGGCGGGACAAAAGUAUCACUUUUUUAAUAACUGCAGUAACAGUAAACAGUUUCGGCAAAAAAAGUGCGGGUGAUUUUGCUGUAAUUAUUGCCGUGUUGGACAAUACCCAAUGAAGUUUUUUUUAACUGCAAUAUAUCAAAUUGCACAAUUUCAUUCAGAUCGAAAAGUCGAGAAGUGCAGAGAAGGACGUAAGAACGAUAGUGGUAAGUAGCAUAAUGAUUUGCAAACCAGUAGAUAAUCGAUUAAUUUUAAUAACAUAUAUAUUAACCGUUCAUGAUAAAUAAAUAUAACUCAUGCCAUCAAUUAAAGCAUUGUCGUAAAAUGUUACUUAUAAACAGCGAAUUGACCCAAGUUAUACAAUAUCAAGAAGAAUAUCAUCAUCGCACACGAGCGUAUCCAUAUCCUCGCACAUUAUAGGUACAUACACAUAAAAUGUGAAUCAUCCCGCGAUAAAUAUAUAAUAUUAAAUCGCGACAAUGGCGGGAAAAAAGAAAAAAUGAACAAUGACGAGCGCCAAUCGCAAAGAGCUGCGUAAGGUCUGUCCGACUUGUCUAUUCAUGGAUGACGUCAAAACACAUCGCGAUCAGCUCUUCUUUCGGCGAAGCGCAGAGAAUGUAUUUAUAAGAUUUUGUCAUUCCCGCUGUGCGUACCUAUAUAUAUAAACAUACACGUAUGUCUCUCCCCCUCCACUCGAACUUUGAACUCGCUCGGUUAGACUGUUGGAUCUACACCUGGGCCUAGCCGCACAAAAUCGUCGUCAGCACCUGUGCAAAAUUGGUUAAGUACGUACGAACAAAAGCAGCAACAUGAGUUUACAGUGGACGCUGAUUGCCACCUUCCUCUACGCGGAGAUUGCUGUGGUACUCCUCUUGGUUCUGCCGAUAGCCUCGCCACAGAGAUGGCAGAGGUUUUUCAAAUCAAGAUUCUUGCAAAGUCUAUCGGCACAAGCUUCUAUGUACUUUUUGGUUCUGCUGGCGAUACUUGUUCUAUUCCUGUUGGAUGCUAUUCGUGAGAUCAGAAAGUACUCAAGCCAUGAAGUUACUGAGCAUGCACACUCGCACUUGGAUACUGAAAUGCAAGGCAACAUGAGGCUGUUUCGCGCUCAGAGAAACUUCUACAUCUCUGGAUUUGCACUAUUUUUGAGUCUUGUGAUUCGUAGACUGGUUACUCUCAUCUCAGCUCAAGCUACUCUUAUCGCCCAAAGUGAAGCUUCAAUGAAGCAGGCUCAAUCUGCUACAUCAGCAGCAAGAAACCUUCUGCAAAAAUCUGGAGAAAGUGCUCAGAAUGACACAAAUGAAGUACAUGACAAAGCUGUGACUGAGCUGAAGGCUAAAUUGAAGGAGUUAGAGAGUGAACUGGAAAAGGAGAAGAAAGAUAAAGCUGCAGUAAAAUCACAGGCAGAGUCUUUGGCUAAAGAGUAUGACCGAUUAAAUGAAGAGCACUCUAAACUGUUAUCUGCUGGAGGAGACAAGAAGAGCGACUGAACAAUUUCUUCCUUCCAAACAGUACUUUGGAAAUAUCAAGCUUUAUUUACAGGAGAGUUUGUUUUAUAUUGAAUUAAGGUGUUUUACAAUGUUGAAAAGUUUUUUUGUAACAGGUGAUUAAGUUCAGUUGUUAAUUUGAAUCUGAUAAUUAUAUUAAAUUUUGUAUAAAAAUUGUUAUAAAUUUGAGGAGGGCCUAAUGAUUAUAAUCUUUAAUCAAUACUGCUAUUCUCGAAAAUGUGUGCAUUCAUAUUUUCUCUAGAAACAGAAAAAGUUUAUUUGGCCCUCCUUAAUUUUAUCUUAAUUUAUUGAGUUACAAGUUUUUCAUCAACCUAUGAAUAUAGUCUAUCAGUUAAUAGUCUUUUUAAAUCUACCUUUAAAUAAACUUAAAAAUAAAUAAACUUGACACUUACAAUUCAUUACAAAAAAAAAAUUUCAUUUGCUUAUAAUUUUGUUGUCUUAACUAUUGCGUGAUUUACUGUAGUUUUAAAUGAUAUGCUUGGUACAAAACUUAGAAAACUAUAUACAAUGUGUAAAAAUGGUUAAAAAAAAAUUGUGCAAAAAUGCAUUAUAUUUUUGAACAAUCUACGUAAAUAAGGGAAGUUGAAUGAUAUUGUAGGGUGAUUUAAGUUUACUAAACAUAAGAAGUAAAUUUUAUAGGGUAAAUAAAACAUUAAACUAUGUAAUUCAUUUUUCCAUUUGUAAUAUUUUAUUUAAUAAAAAUAUUCUAAGGACCCCGACGAA